AUGGAUAGCAGACUCUUUACUUUAGUAUUUCUGGUUGGUAUCCUCGCACUAUCUGAAGGUUUUUCUUGCUCAGAGAACCAGCAGUCUUUUGAGAGCUCCUGCUUUGAGUUUGUGGACCUGCAGCUCAGUUUUCUCAACGCUCAGGCUUGGUGUGAGCAGGACGGCGGACACCUCGCCUUCAUCCAGAAUGAUGAAACCCAGCAGUUUCUACAGAAACACCUGCAGAACGAGCGGGAGUGGUGGAUUGGGCUCGUGUCUACAUCUGACAAUCGCAUGCUGGACACACAAGAAGAUGGUUUGGUGUGGUUAGAUGGUUCAGAUGUGAUUUACUCAAACUGGUUCAGUGGAUCGAGAUUCAACACGGGUUGUGGAUUCAUCCACACAGACUCUGGAUUUCUCUGGAAGACCACGAGCAACUGUAGUCAAGAAUUACCCUUCAUUUGUGAGUUUGAAUUGGGUUACUACCUGUCAUGUGUGGACAGCACUACCCUGCAGUGCAGCUCAGCUCAAGUGAUCGAGGUUGAAGCGAGUUAUUUUGGCAGGAGGACGCCACAUUAUUGCAGGAGAGCCAUUCCAAACUCUGUGACAGAUUCACUGGAGCAGUGCGGCUGGAUCAGUGUGCUGGAUACAGUAGCAGAGCUCUGCGAUGGACAUCAGGUUUGCACGGCUGAUGUUUCGUCUUUCAGGGAACCGUGUCCUGUGCUGGGAAGUUACCUGUUGGUGGAAUACAAUUGCAAAGACCGAUCUCCUCAUGUUAUCAAGGAAAGAGCUGUGUUUCCAUUUUUUGCUAAGAAACCUUCCAAAACGCCGGCUGUGAAUUGGAUAUGUUACAGUUCUUCAGAUUACAAAGACAGUUUGACAGUCACCUGCUCAAGCUGUGGUGCAACUGAUAAUCACGAUACAAUCCAACUGCAUCUACAAAAUGCUACCUGCGAUGACAUUUCCUGGUAUGUGCAAGAUGGCGGUAAAUCAAAGCAAUCCAACAAAGACAGUUCCAAGAAAAACUGCUUACAAAAACACAACAAGGUGCUGAAUCCACACAAUGGAAAUAAUGCAGAUUUGGACGUCAAUGCGAACUCGAUCAGACCUUUAAAGAUGGACCUCCUCGUAUUGGUGUCUUGCAAAAAAGGAAGCACAAUUUCAUACGGGACGUUUACAAUUCAGUAUUCCUUAAUAAAGAUGAGCAAUGAUGAGGUCAAGAGCGCUGUCAAAGCCCAGCUCAGUCAAAUUGGCACACCACUAGACACAGAACAGUUCAAAGAAGACCUUCUGUUACAGAUCUCUUCACUUUUAGAGGACUCUGAACCCCUCCAGCCCUCAGACGUGCUGUCUUACGCGAAUGAUUUAGUAAACAUCAUUAAAGAUGAAGGCAAAAUGACUGUUACUGCUCAGGAAUAUGCUGGUCAAAUAUUAAGUGUUAUCGGUAGCUCCCUGACCUCCAUUGAUCUAACUCCGGGUAACAUCUCUGCACUAGCUGGCACAGCCACACUCAUUGUACAGUCUUCUAGUCACCUUCUUGGUGCCUUUGACAGGGACAAAGAGAGUGAUAUCACUAAUUAUCUGCUCAGCGCGGUGGACUCUGUGCACACUUUCCUGCUAGCAAAUAAAAUUCCUGAUCAGGAGCCUGCUGUCAUCAGCACUACAAAUCUUAACAUCUAUGCUAACAGGCUAUCUCCACAUAAUCUUCAGAAAGAGCCUUUCACUGUCGUAAACAGUUCAGCCAGCUUCAAGCUGCCAAACCUGGGCUCCGAUAUCCUGCCUGUGGGUGAACCAGUGGAUGUGAAGAUGGCACAUUACAACAUUGAUCCAUGGGCUGAAGGUCAUCCUAUUUCAAGUAUUGUGGCCAGCAUGUCCCUCUCCAAAACAAACGGCUCUGGCAUUCCUGUGGCAAACCUCACUGAGGAGAUUGAGAUCUUUUUACCGAGGUUGAAUGCCUCAACGGUGGACACCUCGGAUCUAGACCUGGGACACUACAGUACUACAGUCAUCAAUAUAACCACCCCCAAUAUUACCCUAGUCAUCAAGCUCAGUCCGUCUGAAGAUUUAACACUGCUGGUACUUUUGGGUUAUCAGAGUCAGCCUACUGAAGGAAACAACAAAGCCACGGUUACACUUCCACAGCAAGGAAACUCACAAGACGAAAGGUACACGUGGGUUCUGGGUCCUGAUGACUUGGCCCUAGAUGUUGGGGUUUACAACCUUCUCAUACGGCCUAAAGUUCCUCCAGGUGUAAAGUCUAUCAAUGCUUCGGUAACUGUUACAAGUGUUACUGCUCAGUGCAUUUUCUGGGAACAGGCCAGAGCCAACUGGAGUGACCACGGCUGUAGGGUUGGCCCUAAAACGACUCCAUAUGUUACCCAGUGUUUGUGUACCCAUUUAACCUUCUUCGGGAACAGUUUUUUCGUCAUGCCCAAUACGGUAGAUCCAACCAAGUCUGCUCAGCUUUUUUCCAACUUCGCCCAGAACCCGGUGGUAGUGUGCUUUAUCGGGGCGAUUUUUGUGGCGUUCAUCCUGACAGCGGCGUGGGCUCGCAGGAAGGACCUAAAGGACAAAGCCAAGGUAAAGGUUACUGUGCUAGAUGACAAUGAUCCUUUUGCUGAGUACUGCUACUUGCUGAAGAUCAGUACUGGGCAUCGGCCGGGAUCCUCCACUUCAUCACGGGUUAUAGUGACUGUUCAGGGCACAGAGGGAGACUGUGAGCCCCAUCAUCUGACUGACCAGGAUAAGCCUGUGUUUGAAAGAGGAGGUGUGGAUCUGUUUUUACUGACCACCCCUUUCUCACUGGGAGACCUGCAGAGCAUCAGACUGUGGCAUGACAACUCCGGAAAUCAUCCUGCUUGGUUUGUCAGCACAGUAGUGAUAAAAGACCUUCAGACUGAGCAGAAGUGGAAUUUUCUCUGCAAUUCGUGGCUGUCUGUUGAUGUGGAUGACUGUACUGUUGAAAAGGUGUUUCCUGUAGCUUCAGAGGUGGACAUGAAAGGCUUCAGCAAUGUGUUCUUCUCGAAGACGACGACAGACUUCUGUGACAAGCACCUGUGGUACUCUGUGGUGUGUCGACCGGUCAACAGCAGCUUCACCUGUGUGCAGCGCGUCUCCUGCUGCUUCUCUGUGCUGCUCUGCUCUAUGUUGACCAGCAUCAUGUUUUACGGGAUUCCCACAGACCCCUCAGAGCAGACCAUGGAAAUGGGUCAGAUUCAACUGACCUGGAGUCAGGUGAUGAUUGGCUUUGAGAGCACCCUCAUUGUGUUUCCAAUAAACUUAAUAAUUGUGGGAAUAUUCAGACGUACGCGUCCACGAAAAAAGAUGACAAAGAAACAAAAGCCACAGAAGAAGUCUGAGCCUCCUCAAACGGAGAACGACAUCCAGAAUGAGUUUGAUCAGAACAAUUUAACAGAAGAUUUCCUGAUCAAAGACAUACAGAGAAUCACAUACUUGUUUGCACAUGCCAUGAGAUGUCCUCUCCCUAAAACCGAGACGAUCUCUCAUAAAUCAGACAUCAACGCUUUGCUGUCAGAGUUGCAGAUCCUCAUUGAACAACAGCACUUAAUACACAAAAACAAGCCCUCCUCCAUUUUCCCGGCCUACACCCAUCAUCUGACCAAACAACUUAAAAACAUGGAAGGAGAAGUGAAACUGCUGGGGCCUUCUGGAUUUUCCAGGCCUGGGUGCUUCAUCCAGGUUUUACUGCAGGUCCAGGACAUGUUAAAACUGCUAGAAAGUCUGGUUUCAUCUCUACCUUUCACCGAGCAGCAAACCUGCAACUCCAAGCCCAAAAAACACGGCUGCCAAAAGGGUCCGCCCUGGUGGUUUGUGUAUGUGGGUUGGAUUCUGGUCAUAGGCACCAGUGUGAUAUCAGGAUACUUCACGAUGUUGUAUGGACUGAAAUAUGGGAAGGAUCGCUCUGUCAGCUGGAUAAUCUCCAACGUCACAGGCUUCACGCAGAGCCUCUGUUUUACAGAGCCUGUAAAAGUCGUUUUUUUAGGAAUUUUCUUUGCAUUGGUGAUGAAAAAGGUUGAAGCUGAGGAUGAAGAAGUUCAUACUUUACAAAAGAAAACAACCACUGGCUCAGAUGGUCUCAGUGGAGUGUGUUUUGCUCAGAGAGAUUGUACGCAGAGCUACUAUCAGCCUCCACCUCCCGGUGAUAUUGAGAAGAUCAGGAGAAACAUGCUCAAACAGCAGAAAGCACAAGCUCUUGUCAUGGAAAUCCUAAUUUUCCUGGGGUUCUUGUCCAUGCUGCUGCUGGUGGCAUAUGGACAGCAAGAUCAAAAUGCAUUCUACCUCACUCAGCACAUUCAGCAGAGCUUCAGCAAUGGCAUUUCAGACAGUAUGAAGACCAAUGAUGUGUUUGUCUGGGCUAACACUGUACUUCUUAAUAACCUCUUUGGACAAUAUCCAGGCUUUAUAACAGAUGGAAACUCAAAACUUGUUGGGAGCGCUCAUCUUCGACAAGUGCGGGUGAAGAAAGAUUCUUGUAAGGUUGCUAAAGCCAUGCUUCACACUGUUUCCCACUGCAACACCCCUUACUCAUGGGGAAAUGAGGACAUGGCGUCUUACAAUCCGGGCUGGGUAGAGUUUAAUUCUGUGAAUGACUCUGAGGAGGGAAUCACAGCAUGGCAGUAUCAAAGCCAGUCCACGCUCAAAUCAUUGCCUGUUUGGGGUGUUGCUGCACUGUACAGAGGAGGAGGGUAUGUUAUGGACCUUGGUUCUGACCUGCAAAAUGCUACCAUGAAGCUUCAAUAUCUGUUUAACUCCACCUGGUUGGAUGAGUACACAAGGGCGGUUUUUGUAGAGUUUACCGUGUACAAUGCUAAUGUCAAUCUCUUCUGUAUAGUCACGCUGAUACUGGAGAGCAGUGCAGUGGGUGCAUUUCAGUUUCGCAGUGUGUUGCAGAAUGUCAGUCUGUACAACUCUGUGGGCAGCUUUAUAUCCUUUCUCAUGGCCUCAAGGGUUAUUUACUUCCUCUUUGUUGUCUACUACAUGUUUUUGCAGGGCAAGCUGCUGAAGAGACAGAAAUGGGCGUAUUUCAGAAACAAGUGGAAUCUGUUAGACAUGGCCAUCAUCAUUUUAAGCUGGAGUUCAUUAUCACUGUUCAUCCAGAAAACCGUACAGGGCAACAUAGACAUCCAAUACUACCAGAAACACAAAAAUCAGUUUCCCAGUUUUCAUGACACCGCGGCCGUGGAUGCUACGCUGAGAUACGUGAUGGCGUUCUUGGUUCUUCUGGGCUGUGUGAAGCUCUGGCAUCUGCUGAGACUCAGUCCUAAACUGUACGUCAUCGCCUCGUCACUGCAGCGCGCCUGGGACGACAUGUCCACACUGACCGUGGUCAUCUUCAUUAUCCUCUUGGCCUAUUCUCUUGCUUGCAAUCUCAUAUUCGGAUGGGAGCUGUACUCAUACAGAACUCUGCCAGACGCUUUUACUGCGAUCUUCAGUUUGCAGAUAGGCAUCUUCAAUUAUGAUGAGGUGCUAAAUUCAAACCCCGCUCUUGGCGCCGUCAUCAUUUCCUCUUGCGUCCUCAUCGCUACAUUCGUGGUACUGUCCCUCUUCAUCUCCAUCAUCCUAAUGGCAGUUACUGAAGAACGGGAGAAUCACCAGCCUUCAGAGGAAGAGGAAACCGUGGAACUGGUAAUGAUGAAGAUAAUGAGUUUCUUUGGAAUCAAAAGCAAGAAAAAAGAAGAAACUCAUAAUCCCAGUCAUUGACGUGCGCUCCAC